AUGCCGGCUUUCAACCUCGAGACCUGCGCACGGCCCAACAUUUUGGCCCUCGAGCCAUAUCGCUGCGCUCGAGACGACUACAAGGAUGACGGCACCAACAUCCUCCUAGACGCCAACGAAAACGCCUUCGGCCCUCCCCUCCCCCCCACCACCAACACCACCACCCCCAACAACAGCACCACCAACCCCACCUCCCCUUCCUCCACGCCCCCCUCCCUCGACCUAACCACCUUACACCGCUACCCGGACCCGCACCAAACCCCGCUCAAACAGCUCCUCUGCGCGCUGCGCACGACGCACGCGCACACCACGCAGACCCUCACCCCGGCGCACGUGUUCGUCGGCGUGGGCUCCGACGAGGCCAUCGACGCGCUGCUGCGGUGCUUCUGCCGCCCCGGCGCCGACCGCGUGCUCGUGUGCCCGCCCACCUACGGCAUGUACAGCGUGUCGGCGCAGGUGAAUGAUGUGGGCUUGGUGAAGGUGCCGCUGCGGGGGGCGGAGCAAGGGUUUGGAGUGGAUGUGCCGGCCGUGUUAGGGGCGUUGGGCGGGGAGGAAGGGGCGAAGGUGAAGGUGGUGUAUUUGUGCUCGCCGGGGAAUCCGACGGGGAAGUUGCUGCGGAAGGAGGAUGUGAGGGCGGUGUUGGAGCAUCCGACGUGGAAUGGGGUGGUGGUGGUGGAUGAGGCGUAUGUGGAUUUUGCGAGGCCCGAGGAUAGUUUGGCGGAGUGGGUGGUGGAGUGGCCGAAUUUGGUGGUCAUGCAGACGCUGAGCAAGGCGUUCGGGCUGGCGGGGAUUCGGUUGGGCGUUGCGUUUACGUCGCCGGAGAUUGCGCGGCUGUUGAAUAGUUUGAAGGCGCCGUACAACGUGUCGAGUUUGACGGCGGGGAUUGCGGAGUAUGCGGUUUCGGAGAACGGAGGGUUGCCGAAGAUGAGGGAGAACCGUGCCAAGUUGAUUGCGCAGAGGGAGAGGAUGGUGCGGGAGCUGGCGGAGGUCGAGGGGGUUGGGCGGUUGAGAGGUGGCGUGGACAGCAAUUUCUUGUUGUAUGAGAUGCUAAACAAGGGGGGGAAGCCGGAUAACGUGACCGCGUUGGCGGUGUACGAGAGGCUGGCUGAGACCAAAGGCGUGGUGGUCCGUUUCAGGGGCAAGGAGCACGGUUGUCUGGGCUGCUUGAGAAUUACCGUCGGCACCGAUGAAGAGGUGACGCGGUUUUUGGCGGCCCUCAGGAAAACUCUGGCCGAGGUGCGGGGGACGGCGCCGGCUGCGGAUGAGGAGAAGAGGGAAGUUGCGGCGAGUGAAGUGGUGGCUUGA